UUUUUUUUCUUCCUGUGCGCCUUGUCUGAGAAAUGCAUUCUAUUGGUCAUUUAAGUCUAUUUUAAAGGGGGCAAAAACGUGCGUGUCUAAUUAAAAAUACGAGAAAGUCUACAUCUGCGACACACCGAAAGAAGCAGAGCUUGAUCUAAGCUUGACAGAAUGGGCGAAGCCUUUAAAAGAGAGCUCUUGCGCUAUACAAACUCAGAAUUAACAGAGUUCAUUCAGGUGGUGAAGCAUUUUGAGGAGUGUAGGAAGAAAUGGCUGCACACCGAGCUGGAAUUAAUGAAGUGCAGGGACCGUGUGUUCAAGAUGGAUCUGGAUAAAUCGGCACUCGAGGUCAAGCUGAAGCAUGCUCGAAACCAGGUUGAUGUGGAGAUGAAGAAACGUCACAGAGCAGAGACAGACUUCGAACAUCUGGAGCGGCAGAUGCAGCUCAUUUGUGAUGUUCUCAUGCACGAUGGCCAGUCUUACACAUAUCUGAACGAGGAACAGAAAUCAAUGCUGGCUAAUUUCAACACAAGAGGAGGGGUUGGUUUGGUGCUUGCUCCUGGUGGACGAUUGUCUGUUAUCGAUGAAUCAUCCAACUCUUUCCAGUCUCACUCCGAUAUUAGUUAUGACCGAACAGACGAUGACCUGGACCUGGAUACUUCUGUGGUUAAACCUUUAAAACCAAGGACGAGAGAAAAAAGGCGUUCUUCUUUUGCUCCAGCUGUUGCACCACCGGUUCCACCAAAACGCACUCGAACUAGUGGUCGCUCCGGAGAUUUGUUAACAUCGACUGAAUAUGUGAAGGAAUCAAUAGUAACUAAAACUACUGUUACUUUACCAGACGAAAUGGGCCACAUUCACACCAUUUCAACUAUUGAGACGAUCCCUAAGAGGAGAUCCUAUAGGAGCAGGCGGCUUUCCACUUUAAAUGAACAAACCACAGUUUGGAUAGCCAAUGAAGACUCUGUAGAUAACACGUUUAAUGUUGAACCUGAAACUGAUGUAAACCCCCGUAAUGUGCUUGCUGGCCCCGAAGGAAAAGAAUCACAGCCACAUGUGUUUGUUUCCAAAACAGUAAUCCGACCAGAAAGUUGCGUCCCUUGUGGGAAGAGAAUAAGGUUUGGAAAGAUGGCCGUGAAAUGCAGGGACUGCCGGAUGGUAGCCCACCCUGAGUGCAAAGAUCACUGCUCUCGACACUGUGUUCCCAAUGUUUCGGAUGCUCCUAUCGGAAACGGUGAGGGAGUUGUGGCUGAUUUUUCUCCUUCUUCUGGACCAAUGAUUCCAUCUUUAGUAGUUCAGUGUGUCAAUGAAAUAGAGAAGAGAGGACUACACGAGACUGGAAUCUACAGAGUGCCUGGCUGUGACCGCACAGUGCGAGAGCUAAAGGAGAAAUACAUGCGUGGAAAAGGGUUUCCUCCUCUUGGUAAAGUAGAUGACAUUCAUGUGGUUUGUGGACUUCUCAAGGACUUUCUGAGGAAAUUAAAGGAGCCUCUUGUUACAUUUCACCUUCAUAAGAAAUUCAUGGAUGCAGGUGAUAUUCUUGAUGAUGAUGACAGCACUCUGGCUAUAUACAAGGCUAUUCAAGAACUGCCUCAGCCAAACAAGGACACUCUGGCUUUUCUCAUACUACACCUCCAACGUGUGAUGAAGAGCCCAGACUGUAAAAUGGAUUUGAUGAAUCUGUCCAGAGUUUUUGGUCCAACCAUUGUUGGCCAUUCCAUGACAGAUCCACCCCCAAUGAUGAUAAUGAGGGACACGGUGUUGCAGCCUAAAGUUGUUGCUCUUUUUCUGUCCCUUCCUGCUGAGUAUUGGAAUCAGAUUUUCACGGUGGAAAAUAAUCACACUUCAUCAGAGAUUGAUGCCAACCUCAAUAUCCAUAACAUGGAAAAUGACCGCUUGUUCAAGCCAUUGACUUCUCCUGAGAUGGGUUCUGUUCCUAAAACCCUGUCUGGCAGAUUUAAAACCACCCUUGGCACAGCAUUCACUCCUGCGUUCAGCAACAAAACCAGGUCGGAGCAAGCUAGAAAAAAGUUUUUCACAUCUCCAACCCUGCAGUAGAUCUAAAAGGAGCAGGACUGGCUGUGGUAUAUUGUGAAGCUUCAUUGUGAAAUCACGGUGUCUGUUCGCUUGUAAGGCAUGGAGCUGGUUUAUUUUAAAUGUUUAGAUCAGUUAAAUAUACUCUGUGCACUGUAAUAAAUGUAGUUAUGAGACAUGAUGAUCUUUUUGGGUUUUUAAAAAAAAAAAAAAAAGAGAAACACAAAUGGUUUAUAUAUUUAAAAAAAUGAAAUAGGUUAAUGAUUUGUAAUCUCCAAUCAUGUCUGUGUAUAGAUUUGGCCCAUGCACUGGUAUUUGUCUUUUGAUAAACUAUAACAGUUGACCUCAUUUCAUGCCUGAUAAGCUUAUAAAACUAACUUUGAUUUCAUGACAAUUACAUAUUUAUGUGGGGGGUCAGUAUAUAUGUUUGUGUGUUUUAUUUAUUGGACUUGGAAUUUUAUAUAUAUUGUUAUAAUGGUGGCUACAUUUGUAUUAAGAGAAAUUAAGUGAAAAUUAAAUGUUUCCCAGAAUGGGAAUAUUAGCUUACUUCUGGAAUCAUGGAUUCCCGUGUGUGUGUGUGCAAGCACAUUUUAAGAUACAGUGUAAAAUUCUUAAUCUACUGUGUUGCUAUGGUGGUUUUUUUUUUUUUUUUUUUUUUUUCCUCCUCCCAAGCUAAUAUAUUUUGGUGUUUUAGUGGAGGCUUAAGCUUUUUACUGAAGGGUAAAAAAUACACAUUUUACAACAUUUGUAUAUUAAAUACUUAUGUUUUUAUUAUCAAUUGUAUGCUGUGUAAACACAAAGGCUAACACUUGUAUCUGACAUAUUUUUUUUUAUUAUUAUUUUUUUUUAAAUCUAGAAACAUUCCAGACAUUCAGAUUUUUGUAAAAUGCAUUCAAUAUGUCGUCUAUUUGUUGCGUUGAUUUUUGAAGUGUUUGUGCAAUAAUUGUACUUGAGUGUGACUCUUCUCUGUAAUUUGAAGUUAAUAAACAACCCAACCAAUAACUGAACCAUAACCGCUAUGUGGGGGGG